AUGGUGAAGGUGAGGGAGGGGGAGGAGAGCCUCCCCACCCCUACUCCCACAGUCACCCUCACCCCCACGACGCCGCUAUCUGAGCCCAUCGCAGAGCCUAUUAGCCCGUUGCCUCUCGCCCCGACGGCAUCGAUGGGCGUCCCUCCAUCGCCCGCUUCGUCGCUGUCGGCCUCUGGGCCCGUCUCCCCGGCCUCCUCCGUCAAUUCGGCCGGUGACGAGCCUCACCACGCCUACCAUAGGCCCUACCAUCAUCACAGCUACUACAACUACUACGGCUACCACCCAUGGGGGCGCGGCGGAUCCACGGCGGGCCGACGUCACUCUCCGCACCAUCAUCACCAUCACCACCAUUAUCACCACUACCAGAAUGGCUCCUCCUCCUCCUCUUCCGGGCACACUUCGCAUUACUUCGGUCACCACCACCAUCAGAAUGGCUCCUCCACAGGUGGAGGUGGAGGUGGAAGCGGAGGCGGAGGUGGCGGCGGCAGUGGCAGUGGCAAUGGUGGUGGUCCUCCGCACCAUGGUAGCCACCAUUACUCUCACAACCACAACGGAAGCAACGGAAGGAACCAUUACCACCACCAGCACGACGGUUACUACAAUCACAAGGGAAAUUACCAGAACUGCUACCAGGGCUACCAGGGCGGCUAUCACGGAGGCUACUCGGGCAAAGGCAGGCACAAGUACUCCAGCAGAGGGGGAGGAGGAGAAGACCCCUGGACCAGCUGUCUCAGCAUGGGCGGUGGCGGCGGCGGGGGCGUAAGAGGACGAGGCGGAGGAGGUCGCUACAAGGCCAUCUCGCCGUCCCGCUCCAGAGGCAACUCUCCCCGUUCGAGGGGUUCGCAGAAUUUCUCCACUUCGGUGCCGUCGCUUGAUGACAGUCUUGGCUCGAUUACCGUGGAGAUGGGCGGAUCAGGGGGCCUAGUGGGUGCGGGAGGCACUCUUGUAGGAGGUCUAGAGGAAGGUCUUACUAUGGCGUCCGUGGAAGAAGGGCAGCACGUCGUCCAUUUGCACAUCAAUCCUGGAACCACCGUCAACUUCACCACAGAAGAUGGACACGUCCAAAGGAUUUCAGGUUAG